CUCCAUCCAUAUCUAUCUCAACAACCUACCUGUGACACUGACCUCACUUUACCCAUCACCUACAGAAACCCAGUCGAUCGCUGCGGGACUAGCGGAGUGCUGCAUAAGCGUGAUUGUUAAUCAACCUCUCUUUAACACAUUCUUAGUCCAGGCGCUUUUCAGAAUGGGCUUGAAUAGUCAUCAAUCGAACUUCUGACUCCGAAUUAAGCAAUCGAGCCCUAUUACCACUCGGCCGGAAACUUCAGUCUCAACAACCUACUGAAAACCCAUCCCAAUAUCUUAACAGAACUUCACUGCUCACAAAUCACCAAUCUAAAUCAAUUCAGUUCAGUCAACAUACACAUUCAGGAACCACGUCUCGCUCCCACUACCAUGUCCCUCAGGGAAACCACCACGCUCGCGCACACAGCGCAAUGCAAGCUCCACAUGGCCAUCAACCGGCCUGACCGGAAGGAUCGCGACUGGCGCUUCGUGCUCGGCCACGCCGUCGUGCUUGACAAUCUGAUGCUCCGCCUGGUCGAAAUCGAGGAAGGAAUCGAGAAGGGCGACCACUCCUCUGAUGUCAAGUUCAAAGGCGCGGGCGGAGUCAAAUCAACACAUCACAAGCCAUCGCCUCUCGCUGCAGAAAAGAGGGCCCGAAGGUCACCACCGCCGCAACGAAUCGACGAGAGUAGCUCUGAGGACGAAGCUGUUGACGAAGACGAUGAGGAGGAUGGGCUAGGCUUGAUGCGAUUCCCGUCUGGAAGUUCGAGGCCGCCGCAACCACCCGCACUAGAUCCGUCGGACGAUGACAGUUCGUCGUCAGAUGAGGAUCUGGAUGAUCUGAUGCAGCCUGUCUUCAACGAUCCGGAUCCGGAGGUGCUGAAGAAGGUCACGGGAGAGAAGGGGAACCAGGAGAUGGCCCAGAUGUACAACGAUGUUAAGGGCUGUCCGUGCCAUGGUAAGAAGGAGGGUGCGCCGGUUGUCAAGAACUUCUGGGAGUUGCCACUGGAGGGGAAUGGGGAGAUUGGUGGAAAGAGGAUGGGUGUCGUUGAGGUUGCUGCUUGAGUGGUGUCGACGUCACGUCGACUACAGUUAUUUCAUCACCUUCGUUGAAGGGAAGUUGGGAGUUUGGAGUAUUCCAGGCCUUCUAGUCGAUCUAUUCCAGCUCGACGGUCAACGAGCUGUCCCUUGUCGGUAUCUUGUUCGGCGUCUGUAAUGAUGGUAUAUAUGAACAAAUGCUAGGGAUUUUGGUACUUUUGAUACGCUCGGAUGAUUGAUCACAAUACAACACCAUGCCC